UCGAGUUUCAAUGACGCGCGCAGCUGCAAGAGAGCAAUGAGGAGCAACUCAUUCUGCCAUGACAGAAUCUGAAUGAGCUCGUGCACACGCAUCGAGUUUGGCCACCAAACCCGAUACAUGGACUCUGUUCGGAAAUAAAGAUCCAGUACACGACUGGGCGAGAGCACAACAGGCAAGGACAAGGCAGAGCAAAGCACAUUGUAUGACCUCGAAGGAACAACGAAUCUGCAGUAGACCUCCGUAUCAAAGCGUGUGGUCCCACACACAAUGCGCUUCCACUACUGUCUUUGACGCCGCAAAUCAUGGGGGAGUAUUAAAGGCAGGGCUCCUUCAAACCAGCUUCACAUCUUACUCACUCAUCAUGGCAUCUCAACCUAUCACCCGAUCUCCAUUUGGCUUCUUUCCAGCUGAGCUUGUCCUCCUCAUCAUCAGAGAGGCUGCACAGCCAACUUUUUCCCAAGCUGAAAAAUAUGCUGAUCAUAAUCCCUAUUCGACCACUCUUUCGCUAUGUCUUGUCUCCAAAAAUUUCAGGGAGAUCGUGCUUCCUUAUUUACUGCACACCGUAUCGCUCCCAAAAUCUCAGAACGUGAGAAAGUUUGUGGAAGCUCUGCAUAUACAGGAAGCAUAUGCUCAAGAAAGCAGCCCCUUCCAAUUCGAGUACGCAUCUUUCGUACAGAAAAUUUGGAUUGGAGAGGACGGGGAUCUUGCAGAACCUAACUUGCUCAGAACCCUGGGCUAUGAACCGGCGUCUGAGCGCGAGCGUGCCAUGGGCCUGCUGGCUCCGGUGCUACUCACUGCGCCCUCCAUUGCCCUUGCCUGGACAAGUCUGGACCUUCUUUCAGACUGCCUGGAAAUUGCAUGGGAAUCCCGUACAGACACAGACGUCAACAACGAACACUCCCCGCCUCCUUGGAAAACCCAAACUCUGACGCUAUCUGGUAAGGCAGAUAGCGUCAGACCAUGGGAGUUCCUGAUGGGUACUUCCCAUGGAUCUGCUUUCGUUGCUUCGAUCCUUCACCUCGCCUCCAACAACACGUCCAACAACACCCCAUGGGGACCCCUCACGGACACCCCCCAGGGAUGGGCUGAGCUUGCUGAUAUGAAUUUCUUGUACGACGAGGGAAUGGACCCUUGUUGGCUUGCCCAUGCUCUGAUCUAUGAUCAAAUGUACAACCUGCCUCAGUGGAUGGAGCGCACUCCAUGGGGUUCUUUCCAGAAGCUUCAAACAGUGUCAUUGGCCUAUGCGCAUGUCAGACGCCCUUUCGAUUCAUCCGCAUUGAUCACAACGGGAUUGCCCUUGCAUGUGGAGGUGCUGAUGUUGUCUGCAUCCUUGCUGCGCCACCCUGUUCCGUGGGUAGCGAGUGGGUUUAUCAAGAGGGGUCCCGGAGAGGAGUGUAUUGUGUCGGAUGAUGUUCGUUUCAAGGUGUCCCGUUCUCGUUUACACUUUAGGUAUGCUCGUGAAGAUUGGCAGAAGGUUUGGGCAUGCGGAUUUGGGCGUUAUGAUUCUAAAGACGACUAGGGGUGUUAUGAUAUGGCUGAUAUUGUAUAUAUGAUUCUAAAGACGACUAGGUGUGUUAUGAUAUGGCUGAUAUUGUAUACAAGG